AGAACAUCUGACACAUUUCCUCUUGCAGUCCCCAUGCAUGAAGCAAGCUGCCUGACUGAUAGAGACAGAGAGAACAGCCGCACAGUAACAAGAAGAUACAUACCGUCUAACUAGGGGACCUGUAAAGUAUCUGCAUUCAGAGCAGUGUCAGGGUACCUAAGAGCAUACAAGAUAAAUAGUAACAAGGAGAGGGAGGUACAUCUAUUUGCCGCACUAGUAGAUAGUCCAUAGCCUGAACAUUAGGCACCAGGUGGACAGGCACCACAAAAUAAGCUGAGAGGAGCAGGGAAAGAGAGAAGGCAAAUACAGCAGUACUAGUCACUUAUAAAGCAGAGAUAGAUACAUACCCGGAGCAGCAAUUUGUCUCCCAUCUGGGUUGGCGUAGAGGAUUCUGUGUCACCAUCAUCCCUUCAUCUCUAGGACAAGCAGUGGGAGUCCCUCUGUGGGAGUCUGGAUGAGGAUACUGGGCUGACAAACCGACAUCGACUCACCAUUCACUCCUCAAGGAGAAGAUGGGCACCCAAGGACCUGGAAGGAAAAGACACCCCAACAGGGAGAGACUUUCUGCUGAGGAUCAAGCCCUAAAUCAUAUUGCAAGAGAGGCAGAGGCGCGACUGGCCGCCAAGAGAGCAGCACGAGCUGAAGCCCGGGAGAUCCGCAUGAAAGAGCUGGAGAGGCAGCAAAAGGAGAUCUACCAGGUUCAGAAGAAAUAUUAUGGUUUGGAUGCCAAAUGGGGAGACAUUGAACAGUGGAUGGAAGACAGUGAGCGAUACUCAUACAGAGCACGGAGGACUCAACAGGGUGCUGAUGAUGAUGACGUUAUGUCUGUCGGGAGUAGGAGCAGUCUGAGGACCAAUGGUUACGAGGAGGAAUUACUUGGAGCGACUCAAUAUAGGAAGUCCAGCAGGAGUUCCACUGGCAGUGGGGAGACCUACCAGUCCUCACGGGCACUACCUCGAGAUGAGAGCACUUACUACUCAGAUAUGAGCUUGGCCAGCGCUCCUUUGACAUCCAAACCUCUGCAGGCAAUGCACAAUGGAAACCGGCCCUCUCUGCUCAACUGCAACACUCUCCCUUCCAGAUCUCAGCGGGGCUCACUGUAUGAUGAUGGUAUCGCAAGUGGCAGUCGCCGUUACAGUUCCUCUAGUUCCAAGCCUCCAUCAGAGUACAGUUGCUACCUGGGCUCUGGAUCACGUGCUUCCUCUCGUGCCAGUUCUGCCCGUGCCAGCCCUGUGAACUCCGAGCCUCCUGGUUCCACAGUGUUCCGCCGUGGCUCUGCCUGUGGCAGUGGCAGCACACUGAGCCAUGGUGAUGACAUCUCUGUUCCUCCAAUGUUUGGAGUGGAAGAGAGACCAGAAAAAGACUUUUCUGAAAAGGGGUCUCGUCCCGUGUCCAGUUUGUCUGCUGCCACUCUGGCCUCCCUGGGUGGAACAUCUUCCCGCAGAGGCAGUGGAGACACUUCCAUAUCUGUGGACACAGAAGCUUCUAUCCGGGAAAUAAAGGAGAUCAGUGAGUUAAAAGAUCAGAUUGAGGAUGUUGAAGGCAGAUACAUGCAAGGGCUAAAGGAAAUGAAGGACUCCUUGGCUGAGGUGGAGGAGAAAUAUAAACGUUCUAUGGUGACUAAUGCCCAACUGGACAAUGAGAAGAGCUCACUGCAGUACCAGGUAGACACCUUGCGGGAUGUAUUACUGGAGCUGGAAGAGGAGCUGGCUGAGUCCCGAAGGCAGCAUGAAGAAAAGAAUAAAGAGUGCGAACGUCAGAAGCAUGAACAGAAUGUCCUGCGUUUCCAGCUGGCUGAGCUGAAGGAUGCUCUGGAGCAAAGGGAGCAGUUGUUAACAGAAAUUCGUCAGCUGCAACAGAAGCAAGAAAACAACGACCAUGAAAUUUGUGACCUAAAGGAGACCAUAGAAUGGAAAGAUAAAAAGAUAGGGGCCCUUGAAAGACAAAAAGAAUUCUUUGACCCAGUUCGUUGUGAACGUGAUGAUCUCAGGGAAGAGGUUAGCCGUUUGAGGGAGGCGUUAAAGAAACAUGGUAUUGCACUAGAUUCUGAAGAUACACCUAAUGGAGAUGCCUCAAUAGAACCCCAUAUAAUUGAAGAGUGUCACAUGGAGUCACCCCAAAAGGCAACAGCUCUUGGCAAAGCUGAUGAAUCUGAUGUGACAGAGCAGGAAAUGUCUUUGAUGAGUCAGAGGUCUCAGACUGAACAUGAGCAGGAAAAAGAAAAUGAACCAUUGGCUGAGCAGGACAGAGAAGAGGAACAAGAAAAAUCUCCUGAAGAAUUUCCAUUUCAAGCAGAAAACAAUGUUGCCACAGACUUUCAGAGAAUACAGGAACUUAAAAGUGAGAAUCCUGAUGAGCUGAAGCAAGACCCUUCAGCUGAUGAUGGUUGUAGCCAGAAUAUUUUUGGGCAAAGUUUAAGCCAGCAAAGGGAAGAUUGCAAAACUGUCUUAAAACACCUGGCAAGUGAGGAGGAGGGAGGGAUUGAAGUAGAGGUAAAAGCUAUAGAAGGUAAAGGAACUACGGUAGAACACAUUACUUCAGUAGUGGAUGGUGAAGUGGCACAAAAUCAAAGAGGCGGGAGUCCAGGCGAAAGUGAAGUCUUUCAGGAUGCUCUUGAUUUUGUCAAACAAACCCAAAAUGUAACUGAGUGUGUUUGUGAAACUGCCUUUAGUUUAAGCAGUGAUAUGAAAGACAAUUUCCAAGACCAAAAGGCUGAGAACAUGGAAGAAGAUCAUGAUUGUACAGUAGAGAGUGCAGAGCCUGUAUCUGGAAGUGAGGGUUGUGAGGGUAUAGUAAAUGUUAGGGAAGCAUCAUCAUGCUCUGUGGCAUCUGAAGAGAGUGCUGACCAGACAAGCAGUGAUAGUGAUGAUUUUCGUGAAACAGGAGAAAAUGUUGAAAUCAUUGGAUCCAAAGUGGAUCAUGAAAUACCCAAGGAAAAUGUAUUUGAGUUUACACCAAAUGAAAGCAGCCUGAAUGUGCAAAUACAACAGGAGACGGAAAUGGAACCAAUAACAACGCAUAAUACAGAAGAAGCAUUGCCUGCUCUAGAAAGUGAAAAAAAGCCUGGAGAUGAAGAUAAUGAGAUUAUUAAAAAAGAUAAGUUUGAAAUCUCUACUCAUAAAGAGGAAACAACUAAGACUUUUAAGGAAAAUGAGGCUGAAGCGGUGGAGGUUUUUCCCCCCCAAUCCCUAAAACUAGUUUUAGAAAAUGAAGCUGUAACAUCAGUGGCCUGUGAUAGCAACCCAUCAGAAGAUGGUCAAGCACAAUGUCAUUUUAUUGAAUGCACAAAUGUAAAGGUAGACCGUGAGAAGUUGGAAGAUGGCUUAGUGAUUAGCGACAGUGAAAAGAAAGAACAAAUUUACUCAGAUGCAGGUUUGGAGAGCAGCAGCAAAAGUAAUAAUGAAAGUUUUAAUUUAAGUGAAGGGGAAAAUGUAAUCCCUGGAGAGCAGAAAGGCCAAAAGGAGGGGGCUCUGGAUGAAGCUGAUAAAGAAGAGAGUAUGACACAGAAUGCUGAUGAAAGUGAAUGCAAACAAGCUCACACUGAAUUGUUGGUCACCAAAGAAGAAGUAAAAAAUGAAGAAAAAGAUGAUUUGGAGGAUGAAAACCAUGAUGAAGAAAAUGGCAGUAAUGAAGAGGAAGAGGAUCACGAUGAAGAAGAGGACAAUGGACCAAGUGAGAAGUACCAAGGAGAGAGUGAAAUAAGAUUAGGAUCAUCAGUGGACAUGACCUCCAGUAUGGAAGAUGUGAGAUCUGAGGUUAGCACAAAUAAGUCGAUAAAAUUGGUAAAAGGUAAAAAUAAAGAGGAUUGUGUGAUAUCUUGAAAGAGAGGGUCCCCCCACCUUGCUGUUUAGCCAUGCACUUUGACACUGCUGGUCAUUAAAUUGCACUAAAUGAAGAUUUGUUUUGCUGCAUGAAGGAAUUCCAGUUAUCUCAACUGUUCACCAACUAUUGGGCAAGAAAGGCAAUAGAAACACUGAGAUAAAUACUGGCAGUGAACUGGACAAGCCUUGAAUCAUGCUAAACUAGAAAAGUAUAACCUAAACAUCGGCAGGUAUCUCUAGAAGCAAAUCUAAGGCAGAAUGUGCUUUUAAAGAAACCUGCCAUAAGGAUUUGGGCAAAAAAAUAAAUGUACUCUCUCCUGUAUCCUUAGUCACCACCUUCACAGGCUUGUCCCUGCUCUUCAGUGUGAUACCAGUUACUGGGCAUUUCUGAACUGCAUCGAGGGGAUUCUUAUUUAUUUUAUAUACCUGUCACUGGAUUAUUUAAUGUGAUCGCCAGUUAUUGCCUCCUUCAUCUACUCUGAAUGUUAGAUUUGUGAGUCAUAUCUUUAGGGAUGCACCGAAUCCACUAUUUUGGAUUCAGCCGAACCCCCGAAUCCUCCGCGAAAGAUUCGGCCGAAUACCGAACCUAAUCCUAAUUUGCAUAUGAAGGGGAAAACAUUUU